UUGUGUCUGUGGCGAGGCGUUGGGAGGGCCUAGGCCGGUGUGCGGUGCCCUUCGGCCGGGUUGAGCCCGGGAGUCGGCCGUGCGCGGUCCCCGGCGUCCCCAGGCCGCUCCGGAGACUCAGGCUUCAGGAAUAGUGCAGAAACCAAUAGAGAACAGUUGCUAGGACAGAAACGGCAGCCUGAUCCUGUUGGACCCCACCAGUUCCCUGAGCCUGAAUGAUGACUGCUGAGUCAAGGGAAGCCAUGGGUCUGUCCCCACAGGCUGCACAGGAGAAGGAUGGCAUAGUCAUCGUGAAGGUGGAAGAAGAAGAUGAGGAAGACCACAUGUGGGGGCAGGACUCCAGCCUGCAGGAGACACCGCCAGCUGACCCAGAGGUAUUCCGCCAGCGGUUCAGGCGCUUCUGUUAUCAGAACACUUUUGGGCCUCGGGAAGCUCUGAAUCGACUGAAGGAACUUUGCCAUCAGUGGCUUCGACCAGAAGUCAACACCAAGGAGCAGAUCCUGGAGCUGUUGGUACUGGAGCAGUUCCUGUCCAUUUUGCCCAAAGAGCUGCAAGUCUGGCUGCAGGAGUACCGGCCGGACAGCGGGGAGGAGGCCGUGACACUCCUGGAGGACCUGGAACUUGACCUGUCGGGACAGCAGGUCCCAGGUCAAGUUCAUGGGCCUGAGAUGCUUGCCAGGGGGGUGGUGCCUCUGGAUCCAGUUCAGGAGUCCUCAAGCUUUGACCGUCAUGAAGCUGGCCGGUCUCAUUUCAAGCAUUCGUCUAGGAAGCCUCGUCUCUUGCCAUCCCGAGCUGUCCCUGCCACUCAUGUUCCUGCCCCUCAUCAUGAGGGGAAUCCCAGAGACCAAGCGAUGGCAUCUGCACUAUUGACUGCAGAUUCCCAGGCAAUGGUGAAGAUCGAGGACAUGGCCGUGUCCCUCAUCCUGGAGGAGUGGGGAUGUCAGAACCUGGCUCGGAGGAAUCUCAGUAGGGACAGCAGGCAGGAGAAUAUGGGGAAUGUGUUUUCCCAGGGUUCUGAAAACAGGAAUGGGAAUGAGUCAGCCUCAAAGGCUGAAGUCAAAGAAGAUUCCACCACCUCUCAUGGGGAAACAGUAGGAAGAUGCCAGAAAGAAUUUGGAGAGAAACGUGAACAGCAGGGCAGAGUAGUUGAAAGGCAACAGAAAAACCCUGAGGAGAAAACUGGCAAAGAGAAGAAAGAGCCUGGGCCACCUACAGCCAAGGAAAAAAGGCCCACCACAGGAGAGAGAGCCCCCAGGGAGAAGGGCAAAGGUUUGGGAAGAAGCUUCAGCCUCAGUGCAAACUUUAAUAACACACCGGAAGAGGUUCCCUCGGGAGCAAAGACUCAUAGAUGUGAUGAGUGUGGGAAAUGCUUCACGAGAAGCUCAAGCCUCAUCCGCCAUAAAAUCAUCCACACUGGAGAGAAGCCCUACGAAUGUAACGAGUGUGGGAAAGCCUUCAGCCUCAACUCAAACCUUGUCCUGCAUCAGCGCAUCCACACAGGAGAGAAACCUCAUGAAUGUAAUGAGUGUGGCAAGGCCUUCAGCCAUAGCUCAAAUCUCAUUCUGCACCAGAGAAUCCACUCUGGAGAGAAGCCCUACGAAUGUAAUGAGUGUGGCAAAGCCUUCAGCCAGAGCUCAGACCUCACGAAGCACCAGAGAAUCCACACGGGGGAGAAGCCCUAUGAAUGUAGCGAGUGUGGAAAAGCUUUCAACCGAAACUCAUACCUUAUUUUGCAUCGGAGAAUUCACACCCGAGAAAAGCCCUACAAGUGCACUAAGUGUGGCAAAGCCUUCACCAGAAGCUCAACGCUCACACUGCACCAUCAAAGGGUGCACACCGAGGAGGCGCCCUACCAGUGUAAGGACUGUGGGAAAGCCUUCAGCGGGAAGGGCAGCCUCAUCCGGCACUACCGCAUCCACACAGGGGAGAAGCCCUAUCAGUGCAACGAGUGUGGGAAGAGUUUCAGUCAGCACGCAGGGCUCAGUUCCCAUCAGCGCCUGCACACAGGGGAGAAGCCCUAUAAGUGUAAGGAGUGUGGCAAGGCCUUCAACCACAGCUCGAAUUUUAACAAGCAUCACAGAAUCCAUACUGGUGAAAAGCCCUAUUGGUGUAACCAGUGUGGAAAAUCCUUCUGUAGCAAGUCAAAUCUUUCCAAACAUCAGAAGGUCCACACGGGAGAGGGAGAGGUUCUGUAGGUGUCGGUUCUCCUCAGUUGUUGCUGUUGUAAACGUUAGAACGUGAGUGCUAGGAAGAAGCUCUGUGAUGCGGUGACGUGUGGUGGUAGGUUUUGCUGUAGUCAUGGGGUGGGGGUGCCGUGGAGGGAGAGCUGUGCGUGAGCGGGCAGCCGGAGGACCGCAGAGCAGCAGGGUCCUCCUCGCUCCAGGCCCCAGUGGACUGUGCUCACAUUGCCUUCUGCAUAGUUAAGCUGAUGUGUGUCCAGUGUAGUUAAGGAAGAAACAUUAAAACUGCUUAAGUGUUUUAACAUGUAUCCCACACUUGUAGUCUGUAAAGAAUUGAGCCACCUUUAACAGUCUGUUUGAGAAUAAAUGUAUAGCAUCGUGUAA